GGUUUGGUUGUUUCUACCCAGAAUGCCUUCUGCUGUAGUGCACUUCCUGCUUUUAGAGCGGUCUCUGGUCCACUUGUGUCCACAUAUGUAUUGGAACUGAGCCAGAGUUCAUUUCAAGUGAACUAAUUUUUCUUUUUUGGUCCAAAUAAGAGACUUUCUUGGCAAAUGAACUGGAGUUUGAUUAAAGCGGAUUAAACGGGUGUGAAUAGCAGGACUGACUAUAGAAAACCGGUGAGAGAGCUUUUAAUCCCUCAAUUCUCUGCAUUAACACAAUUUCAGUUUCAACAGGAAGAGUUUCACCGCAUGAAUGUGACACCAGGUUAAUAAAACCUGCAUUCUAAAACACACUCGCCCUCUUUUUUCCCUAGUUGGUUGUGAGAACGGCCUUGAGGAGACGAGUGCGAAACUGAAACCAUCUUCCCUUUUGAAGUUUCAAACGUGAUGAUUCAGCUGAACAAAAACAACCACAUUUAAAGUUUAUGAUAUCACUAAUCAAUAUUUAAAGCCAUCAUGAGAAAAUCUAAAAGAUUUUUACUUUAUAAAUAAUCAAAAUUAGUACAGAGAAAACUUUGACAAAUAAUGACAGGCAUUCUGACAAAACUCUUCCUGUGCAUGAAAAGUGUGGUAGUUGUAAAAAACAUUCAAACUACAUAAGUUACAGGACGCCACCUGCAUGGAAACAGAGUGUAUUACAACUAGAUCUAAAAGGCCCAACAAGGACAUUUUGUUUUUCCAGUUGAAAGGUGAAAUUUGUAGUUUUCAUGUGCAUUGUAUUGUUAUAAAGUAUUAUCUAGAAAGACUCAAGUCUCAAAGAGAAACAAGGUAGACAAAUAAGAUUUACUCUAGUUUCCACCACCACACCUUAAGGUUUGGCAAUCAUCCAAAGCUGACGUAAUGCAAAGAUUGAACUUUCUCCUCACUAAACGUCAGCAAAAAACACACCUCUUUUCCUGGAAUUAGAGGUGUGUCUACAGUUACCACUGCAGCUGUUACUUUUUCUCUUACUAACAGCUCUCCAGGGCUCAGCCUGCUAUCUGGCAUUACCCAGUAUAAAGAGCAGCGAGUUUGAGUUCGUUGAAUCAGUAUCUUUAAGGUGUAGCUCAUAAAAAGACUGGUUUAUCUACAGACACAAGAGCCACCAUGGAGCUGCGUCUCUCCGUCUGCGUCCUGCUGCUACUUUGUGCUGUAAAAAGCUCAAAUGGAGGGAAGAUUUUGGUGUGGUACACUGAGGCCAGCCACUGGAUCAACAUGAAGCCGGUACUGGAGACACUGGUGGACAGAGGACACCAGGUGACAGUCCUGAUCCCAAGUGCGUCAAUGUUCAUGAACAGCAGCGAACCGUCUCGCUUCCAGUACGAACCUUUUGACGUCGACAUCUCAGUAAAAGAUUUAGAAAGGCUUUUUCAAGAUGUUCUUCACUUCUCCUUGUAUGAGAUGGAUUUCAUGAACCCCUACGAGAUUUCUGUAAAGUUUUUUGAUUUAAUGAAGAAUAACAUGAAAAUUUCUGUAAAGUUUUUGGACGGCGUUGUGAAAUCAAAACCCAUCAUGAAGAAGCUGAAGGAGGGAAACUACGACCUGCUAUUUGCUGAUCCGAUCUACCCUGGCUAUGACCUGAUUGCAGAUAUUUUGGGCCUUCCUCUUGUUCUUUCUUUGCGCUUCUCCAUUGCUCAUAAUCUUGAAAGGAUGUGUGGUCAGCUACCUGCUCCUCCUUCCUUUGUCCCCGCUGUUAUGAGCAAACUCACAGACAAGAUGGACUUCUCAGAGAGACUCUCCAAUGUCCUCUUCUACACUUCGCAGGAUUUUUUAAUAAGGCAGUUCAUGUGGAAACCGAUUGACGAAUAUUACUCUGAAAUCAAAGGAACACCCACUAGUGCCUGUGAGUUGGUGGGAAAGGCGGAUAUCUGGCUGCUGAGAACCUACUGGGAUUUUGAUUUUCCUCGUCCACUCCUCCCCAACUUUAAAUUUGUUGGAGGGAUCCACUGCAAACCAGCUAAACCUUUACCAGAGGAAAUUGAAAAGUUUGUCCAGAGCUCUGGAGAUGCUGGGAUUGUUGUCUUCUCUUUAGGAUCGAUGGUCAAGAAUGUAUCCACAGAAAAGGCGAAUAUGAUCGCCGCAGCGCUCGCUCAGCUUCCACAAAAGGUGCUGUGGAGAUACAGUGGACAGAAACCCCAGACUCUGGGUUCCAACACCAGAAUAUACGACUGGAUACCACAAAACGACCUGCUGGGUCAUGCUAAAACCAAAGCUUUCAUCACUCAUGGAGGGACAAACGGGAUCUAUGAGGCCAUCUACCACGGCGUUCCCAUGGUGGGAAUCCCCAUGUUUGGGGACCAGCCAGACAACAUGGUGCACAUGGAGGCCAAAGGAGCUGCAGUUAGUGUUAAAUUUAACUUUAUGACAAAUGAGAGCCUGAGAGACGCUGUAAACACGGUGAUCAACGACAAAUCAUACAAAGAAAAUGUGAUGAGACUGUCCAAAAUCCACCAUGACAGACCCAUGAGUCCUCGGGACGAGGCCGUCUUCUGGAUCGAGUUCACCAUGUUAAUCAGUAUCUUUAAGGUGCAGCUCAUAAAAGCACAACAGCUGGUUUUCUACAGACACAGAGCCACCAUGGAGCUGCGUCUGUCUGUCUGCAUCCUGCUGCUGCUUUGUGCUGCAGAAAACUCAAAUGGAGGGAAGAUUUUGGUGUGGUACACUGAGGCCAGCCAUUGGAUCAACAUGAAGCCGGUUCUGGAAACACUGGUGGACAGAGGACACCAGGUGACGGUCCUAGUCCCGAGUGCGUCGAUGUUCAUGAACAGCAGCGAACCGUCUCGCUUCCAGUACGAACCUUUUAACAUCUCCGUCUCCCUGAAGGAUAUAGAAAGGUUUCUUAAGGAGUUUCUUCACUUCGGCAUUUACGAGAUGGAUUUUAUGGGCUACUUUCAGAUUUACGUUAGAUUUAUAGAACUGAUAAAGAACAACAUGAAGGUUUCUUUCAGUAUGUUGGAUGGAGUUGUGAAAUCAGAAACAAUAAUGAAGAAGCUGAAGGAGGGAAACUACGACGUGCUUUUUUCUGAUCCCAUCUACCCUGGCAGUGACCUGACUGCGGACAUUUUGGGGAUCCCUCUCAUCUACUCAUUGCGUUUUUCCUUGGCUCACAACUGGGAGAGGAUGUGUGGUCAGCUUCCUGCUCCACCGUCCUUUGUCCCGGGUGCUAUGAGCAAACUCACAGACAAGAUGGACUUCUCAGAGAGACUGUGGAACGUCCUCUUCUAUGCUCUGCAGGACGUCGUAAUAGACCAGUUCAUGUGGAAAGAUCUUGACAAAUACUACUCUGAAGUCAAAGGAACACCCACCAGUGCUUGUGAGAUGAUGGGUAAUGCUGACUUUUGGUUGAUGAGAACCUACUGGGAUUUUGAUUUUCCUCGUCCACUCCUCCCCAACUUCAAAUUCAUUGGAGGGAUCCACUGCAAACCAGCUAAACCUUUACCAAAGGAAAUGGAAAAGUUCGUCAAGAGCUCUGGAGACGCUGGUAUUGUUGUGUUUUCUUUAGGAUCGAUGGUCAAGAACCUGACCACAGAGAAAGCAAACAUGAUCGCCUCAGCGCUCGCUCAGCUUCCACAAAAGGUCCUGUGGCGAUACAGUGGCCAGAAACCCCAGACUCUGGGUUCAAACACCAGAUUAUAUGACUGGAUCCCACAGAACGACCUSCUGGGUCAUCCUAAAACCAAAGUUUUCAUCACUCAUGGUGGAGCAAACGGGAUCUAUGAGGCCAUCUACCACGGCGUUCCCAUGGUGGGAAUCCCCAUGUUCGCUGAACAGCCAGACAACAUGGUACACAUGGAGGCCAAAGGAGCUGCAGCUAGUGUUAAAUUCAACUUUAUGACAACUGAGAGCCUCAGAGAUGCCCUGAACAUGGUCAUCAACAACAAAUCCUACAAAGAAAAUGCAAUGCGACUGUCCAAAAUCCACCAUGACAGACCCAUGAGUCCUCGGGAUGAGGCCGUCUUCUGGAUCGAGUUCACCAUGAGGAACAAAGGAGCCAAACACCUGAGGGUCCAGGCCCACGAACUCACCUGGUACCAGUACCACAGCCUGGACGUCCUAGCCUUCCUCCUUAUUAUAGAUCUUCUCCUCAUCUUCAUCCUCUUCAAGAGCUGCAGCUUCUGUUUCAAGAGAUGCUGCAGCAGAAAACAGCCAAAAAGAAAAGCUGAAUGAAAAAUUGAAGUGAGAGUGGUGUUUGUAGCACUUUUCUGUUUAAGAGCUUUAAUUACCAAAAAAUGUUUACAUGUCUGAUCAUGACUAAUGUUUACAUUUUCUGAUACAUAUUCAUUUGAAAUAUCAAACAUCUUUAAAGCCAAAAAACAUUUCAUCUCAACAUGACCAGGCCACCAUUAGUAAGCAGCUAGUUGGUGAUUUUUAAAAGAAGAUUUUUGUUCGCUUCAAUUAAUGUGUUUAAAAGCUUUUUUAUUGGACUGUAAUGCACUCCAAGUUAAAAUUGAUCAUUACAAAGUGCUACAUAAAUUUAACAGAGAGUCAGUUUUAUCAAAUACAUUUUUAUAAACAGGAGGUGUUAUGCUGUA